CGCUGAGGUGCGCGGAUGGGAGCGAUGUCUGACGUGAAAGAGGAAGGAGGAAAGAAGGUGCUUGCCGCACGCCCCCCAGCCAAGCCCAUCUCCAGGACCCGCGGCUGCUGCCUGAGUGCAGAUACGGCACCCGACCCGGCUGCCCAGCGCGCUGUGCCGCCCGGAAGCGUGACUACAACGGCGUGCAACCUGGGACUCCAGUUCCCGGCAUGCCGCGCGGCCCCUGUUCCACUUCCGGCGCCGGGCGGAAGUUGUGUGCGCGCGGUGAGCAUGGCGGCUCCUGAGGCGGCGGAGGAAAAGGCGCGGCGUCCCGGCAAGAAGAAAGCGGCCAAAGUUGAUGAGUCUGAACUGCUCACCGUGCCGGAUGGAUGGAAAGAACCGGCAUUUACCAAGGAAGACAAUCCCAGGGGGCUGCUGGAAGAAAGCAGUUUUGCAACGUUAUUCCCCAAGUACAGAGAAGCUUACCUGAAGGAGUGCUGGCCUCUUGUCCAGAAAGCCCUGAGUGAGCAUUAUGUGAAUGCAACGCUGGAUCUAAUUGAAGGAAGCAUGACAGUCACUACUACUAAGAAGACUUUUGAUCCAUAUGCGAUCAUCAGGGCUAGAGACUUAAUAAAGCUUCUGGCAAGAAGUGUUCCAUUUGAGCAGGCAGUUCGUAUUCUUCAGGAUGAUGUUGCGUGUGACAUCAUUAAAAUAGGUUCUCUAGUGAGGAACAGAGAAAGUUUUGUGAAAAGAAGAGGACGACUUCUUGGGCCAAAAGGAUCUACUCUGAAGGCCCUCGAACUGUUAACCAACUGUUAUAUUAUGGUGCAAGGUAACACUGUUUCAGCUCUUGGACCUUUCAGUGGGCUAAAAGAGGUUAGGAAAGUUGUUCUGGACACAAUGAAGAAUAUACAUCCCAUAUACAACAUUAAGACUUUGAUGAUCAAACGUGAAUUAUCAAAAGAUCCUGAACUGAGGACACAGAACUGGGAAAGAUUUUUGCCUAAGUUCAAGCGGAAGAACUUGAAAAAACGCAAGGAGCCAAAGAAGAAAAAUAUUAAGAAGGAGUACACACCAUUCCCACCUCCACAGCCAGAAAGCCAGAUUGAUAAAGAAUUGGCAAGUGGUGAAUAUUUUUUGAAAGAAAGCCAGAAGAAACGAAAGCGAGUGGAAGAAAUAAAGGCAAAGCAAGCUGACGCAGUCAAGAAGAGACAAGAGGAAAGGAAUAAAGCUUUUAUCCCACCGAAGGAAAAGCCAGUUGUGAAAGCAAAGAGAGCCUCCACUGAGAAAAAAAUUGAUAUUGAAGCCAUCAAGGAAAAAGUAAAGAAUGCAAAGAAGAAGAAAUUAGGAGCACUUCCUAUGGAAGAAGUCAAGUUAAAAAUGGCAGCAGACGAAAAGAAGAAAAAAAAGAAGUAAUGCACCACUCAUGCUUACUCUUCUCCUACAAUAAUGAACGUUUUCACACUUGGAACAACUGAGACGUGGAGUAAACCACUUGCUGUCAGUGUAGUGUGGAUGAGAAAAUCCUAGGCAGGAAGAUUGUUCUCUUUUCACAAGCCCAUUUUAACAAAUGAACCUAGGGCAGCUAUGCAGAAUUGUCAAAGUUGGUGUACAAAGUCUGCUCUCUCAUGUUUUUUUGAGAAAGUGAGAGUGUAUUUGGGUAAUAUCUGUCUGCCUAAAGGAAGUUUUAUAUUAGAAGCAUUCAGGAGUUUGAUACAGAAUGUGAAACGGUAAGGAUUGGAGAACUCAGUGGGAGUUAAAUGGAAUACUUCUAUGAAAGGCUACCAAAUAAAUGUCAAGAUAGGCAAGAUUUAUUAGUUCUAUUAAGCUUUUAUUUCUGUACAAGCUGUUUUUCUUGUGUGUCUUGUCUUGGUGUUAAUAAACUAUUUUAAUAUAUUGAUGAUAAA